AUGGCCACCCCCGAGGACUUGGCUGCCAACGCCGACUACAUCAGAAUGGCAGACAAGUACGUCGAGGUAUGUAACGCCCCAAGACUCGAGCUCUCGGACCUACGGAGUGGCGUGCUGACAUUGGCUCACAGNGUGCCUGGUGGUACCAACAACAACAACUACGCCAACGUCGAGCUCAUUGUCGAUGUUGCUGAGCGUAUGGGCGUUCACGCCGUUUGGGCUGGAUGGUAA